AUGUUUUCAACAAUUAUAUGUAUUCCAAAAGUAGUUUAUUCAUUUGCAAACAAGCUGCAAGCAAGGAAUCCACAAUUUUCAUAUAUGAAGGAGCUGAAGUAUGUGACCCAUCGCAUAAACGAGUCAAUGAGACUUUAUCCACACUCACCUGUAUGAAUAUUCUACUUUUUAAUUAGACAGGCUCAAGAGGUUGAUAUUUUUCCUGGAGGUUAUAAGGUGGAUGUUGGUCAGGAUAUAAUGAUUUCUAUUUACAACAUCCAUCAUUCACCAAUGGUAUGGGAUAUGGCUGAUGAGUUCAUACCUGGGAGGUUUGAUUUGAAUGGUCCUGUGCUAAAUGAGACAAACAUAGACUUUAGGUUCAUACCCUACAAUGGUGGACCAUGUAAGUGUGUAGGCAAUCAGUUUGCAUUGCUGGAAUCACUGGUUGCAUUGUCAAUCCUAUUGCAGAACUUCAAUUUUGAGCUCGUUCCAAAUCAAACCAUAGGCAUAACCAUUGAUGCAACUAUUCAUACUACCACAACGAUUUACAUGACAGUAACCAAAAGACAAAAUAGAGUUCUCGAGCUCACAAUAAUAUAUUUGAAUUUAGACAUGUUUUGUCCCCAUAAAGAUUGGAAUCCUGGAUUAUAG